AUGAUGAGACAGGGGCUGGAUCCAAUUCAGCCACAUUGGCAAGCAUAUGAGCCAAGCAGCAGAGGGCCGCCACCAGGGUUGCCUGAGGAUGUUCAGUGUUGGAAGAGGACAGACAGAGAUUGUUUCACAUUUCGGGCCACGUCUCAAGAUGGGCCCGAUUGGGCUGAUGUAGUUUGGAGGAGGAGCAUAGAUGAAGAGACCGAUGAGGUCUUGCGAGAAGAGUCUACGCUUUCUCCUGAAUUCAAUCCACACGCUCAUUUUGAGCCGUGGUGCAAGAAGAUGGUGACUGAGCUGUGGUUUGUGCCUCCGCCCAUUGACUCCAGGGGUGUUGUCAAAUCAGACAAGGCAGAUCGUCCGAGCAGAAGACAGAUUGAGGAGCAUGCCCUGGAGAACCAUGCGGUUUAUCGCAGCUGGUGCCCGGCCUGUGUUGAAGGUCGUGCAACGGGCUCUAAGCAUCGAGCUCGGACGGAGGCAGAGAAGGAGGAGCGUGGGCCCACUAUCCAUGCUGACUUCUUCUACAUGUCAACUGAGGAAGACUCAGCACCAUUUUUGGCGUUGAAGAGCGGGAUGUCUGGGAGACUUCAGGCCAUUGCUUUGGAGUCGAAGACUUCCAACGAGUAUGUGCAGAAGGCCAUUGCAAGGUUUGUUGAGGAGACUGGGCACAAGAGGGUGGUCUUCAUGUCUGACAAUGAGCCGGCGCUGGUCAAACUCAAGCAGGAUGCGGCGGUGAAGCUUCGCAAUGUCGAGGUGGUCCAUCGCACGGCUCCAGUGGGUGAUCAUCGUGCCAAUGGCAAUGCUGAGGUGGCAGUGCGAGAAAUCAAGCGUCAGAUGAGGUCCAUUAGGAUUUCUUUGGAGCAGAAGUUGAAGGGCAAGAUCUCAAACACGAGUCCUUUGCUGGCGUGGAUGGCACCUUUUGCAGCUCAUGCCAUCAACUGCUACCGUCGAGAUGCGACGGGCAAGACACCAUAUGAGAAAGAGUUUGGCCGGAAGUGGAGCAGACCGGCAUUGGAGUUUGGUGAGGUCACCUACAUGCGAGAAGCGGUGGAGAAGGACGGCAAGCCGAAGAGAGAUUGGGAGCAGCGGAUGAUUGAAGUCCGCUAUGUUGGGCAUCAUUCACGUUCCGGUGCAAUUCUUGGACUUACUCCAGAUGGCCUGCGUGUUGGUGCUGCUGUGAGAAGGCUUGGAGAAGAUUUGAGGUGGAAGUCAGAAGGGCUAGAUGAGCUUGGCGGGCUUCCAUGGGAUGUCAAGAAGAGAGCUGUUGGAGAGAGGCUGGAAGGUGGUCAACGUGCUCCAAGGUUGCCGCCUCCGGCACCUGAUACGCCUGAUGCGAGGGCGUUCUAUGUUCAGAAGAAGGACAUCGACAGGUUUGGUUACAGUGAGGAUUGCCGUGGAUGCAAGGCCUUGAGAGAAAGGAAGCGCGCAGUGGCCCACAGCAAGCAGUGCAGAGACAGAGUUUAUCAGUCACUGUCUGAGUCGGAUGGAAAGAUCAGGACUCAGCGUCACUUUGAGAGAGUAUCCAGCAGACUUGAGGUGAGGCUGGAGCAUGAGGCAGAGGAGGCAAAGAAGAGAAAGGUUGCGGUUCAACCCGCAUCAGAGGGCGAGAGGUUGGCCAUUGAAGAUGCGCCGGCGGCAUCGGCAGUUCAACCGGGUGCUGCAGAGACUUUGGGGCGCAGACAAGAUGAAGGUCAAGGAGGAUCUCCGAGAUCACCGAAGAGAUGGAAGACAGAUGGCCAUAUGAGAUACAAGCGUGAGGCUGAGACCCCAGUGCAAGAGUUGGAGAGUGGUGGUGCGGCAGGCUCCACAGAUCAGGCUCAGACUGUUUUGCAGCCUGCUGCGAGUGAUGUGCCGCCGGUGAUUUCGGCGGGUGAUGUUUCCAUUGAGGAUGUCUUGGCGCCUGAACCUCAUGGACAAGCUGAUGCUGGAGGUGAUAUCUCGAGCAUCGACUGGGGAGCCUAUGAAGCGGUGGAGAUGGCUCCAUCGAAGUGCAGGUCUUUGUCUUCGCUGGACUAUUGCGAGCGGAGGCUGUCAAUGAGGAGGAAAGAGCUUGGCAGUGUGGAUGUGGCAGAAGUUUUCUCGCCGCCGAGAUUCACGUUGAGAGCUGGCAUUUUGGGCUUGGCUCCGGGCUUUGCUGUGGAUUUGGCCACGAAGAAGCCGAUUGUGGGCAAGGAGGAUGAAUACUGGGAUUUGAACAGGUCAGAGGACCGUUUGGAGUUGGACUGGUUGAUCGACAAGGAGGACCCGGUUCUUCUUACUGGAUCCCCUCGUUGUGAUCCAUUCAGCUUGCUUCAGAACCUCAGCAAGGAGUACAAAGAUAACCCAGGGCUCAAACGGCAGAUGAGGGCAGACAAUCAUGUCAGUGCUUUGGAGCUUUUUGCGAGUGGUCCUGAUCCGACAGAACCUUUGUUUGAUGCGGAGACCGAGAAGCUGAUGGAAGAGGAGGUGCAGGAGUACUUCGACGACAUCAGUGGCGAGGUGCUUCCUUCAGAACUGGUUCGCAAAGCGAGGCAGGAAGAGAUGGACUGGAUCAAUAAGAUCGAGCUCUAUGACAAGGUGCCUCGCUCUAUGGCUUUGGAGCGCAACAAAGCCGUGCUACCUGUUCGUUGGGUAGAUGUCAACAAAGGCGACAGGUCCGCCUACAAGUUGCGGAGCAGAAUCGUUGGAAAGGAGCUCAAGGUCAAAACCAAGGAAUCCCUACUGGCACAUGAGCUUUUCAGUGCGACUCCGCCCUGGGAGUCAGUGAAGAGUUUGUUUUCACUCCUAGUAACUGACCUACCUAAGAGUGCAACAGCUGGUGGACAGGAACUGGUCAUGGGGGUUUAUGACAUUUCCCGCGCACACUUUAUGCCGAAGGUGGAGCGGGAGCUAUACAUUGAACUACCUCCUGAAGAUCGAGUUCCUGGUGAAGAUCUGGUUGGGAAGCUGAAGCGAAACAUGUAUGGCUUCCGUGAUGCAAGCCAUGGUUGGAUGAAAGACUGGCAGAAGCUUUUGGAAGGUGGUGGAUACCGAGUUGGUGCUGCAAACCCUGCUUUGUUUUACAACGAAGAGAGCUGUUCUCGAGGUGCGGUUCAUGGUGAUGAUUUCUACGUUUUGGGGCCAGUUGCAGCGGUGGACAAGAUGAAAGAGCUUUUGGGUUCAAAAUAUCAGAUGCGUGAGGCCCAUCGCCUUGGUUUUGGUGAAGGGUGUGUUCGCUCUGCAACAGUGCUCAACCGAGUUGUUCAACUAGGUCAUGACGAAGGAGGACGGCGUUGGGUUCAGAUCGAGCCCGACAAGAGACAUGUGGAACUGAUUUUACAAACAGCUGGUGUGAAUCCAAACAGUUCAAAUGGCGUGACUACCCCUUCAGUCAAGCCUACGGAAGAGCAGGCUCACCAGUUGCAGUUCUCUGCAGAACUACCACCACAACAAGCUUCACAGUAUCGUUCAGCAGUGAUGCGAGCGAGUUUCUUAGCCCAAGAACGUUGUGACCUUGCAGAAACAGUGAAACGUCUUGCUCAGGGCAUGUCUCGCCCUAGGCUGGCACACUGGGAGAUGCUCAAGCGAAAGGCGAGGUAUCUGGUCUUCAGACCGAAUGUGGCUUUGGUCUAUCGACAGCAACGGAUGCCUGACCAUGUGAGAGUUUGUGUAGAUUCGGACUAUGCUGGAUGCAAGACAGUUAUUGGUUUGAAUGUUUCUGAAUCUGAAUACUACGCUUUGGUUCAUGGGACAGCUCAUGGUUUAGGCCUACAAGCAUUCAUGUCAGAUUUGGGUUUGAACUUUGGCUUGGUGAUAGAAAGCGAUAGCAGUUCGGCAAAGGCAUUCGCUUCGAGAGUUGGCUUGGGAAAACAACGUCAUGUGAUGACGAGAUAUCUCUGGCUGCAACAAGUGGUUCAAGCAGAAAGGGCAGUUAUUCGCAAGAUUGGAACUGCCCACAACCCUUCAGAUAUCAUGACAAAAUCAAGCAGUAGCGCAACGAUCGACAAGCACAUGAUGGCGAUGAGUGUGGUGGUGUUGCCUGAAGCAUCAUGCUUGCAAAAGAGCAUACACGUGCCAGGCUCCACUACCAAUAGCAUGCCUGCUUCGACGUAA